CUGCGUGGCUGCCUGCCUGCCUGCCUGCCUACCUACCUACCUAGAGUGGGGCAGACUGCUCUAAAUAAAUCAUUUAUUGUUACGCCUGCACAAAAUGGACUUCAACAAUCUUAGACGCGCUUCAUCUGCUGGCUACCGGCUACCGCAACGAGGUCGAGGAAGCAGGCCGAUAGCAAAGCAAGCAUCCGCGGUCAAAAGUCUGCAGAGAGGAGAAGACCCGACGCACCCGACGCGGGAUGCAGACGCGAGUGAUCCGGUCCAACGAGAUCAAGCGUGGAAAGAAAUGGUGUGGAGUGAAAGGAGAGCAGUGCUAGAAUGGGACAAGAAUUGGAGUUUCCUGCGGAAUUAUGAUCAGAUGGGCGAGCUAAAGACAGAAGAACCUCCACCUGACAAUUCAUCGCUCUUCUCAGAUUGUGCCCCCAACACAACUAACCAAAUAUUUGGAAACCGAUUGUCGACACCGCUAGGACGUGAAGUGAUGAGACUAGACCGACUUUUAUCCUGGUCUGCAGGCCAUCACAAAUGCAAACCGGAUCCAGAGAUGAUGUCAUGCUAGAUAAGUCACUUCAUAUUUGCUCAUCUUGAUGCACGAGUUGAACAAGUUGGGCUAUUAUGAUCCUCACAAACAGUUGUGUUUUGCUAGCUUUUCAACUCGCCAUAACUGCUUUAUUGGUCAUCAGAAUGUCUUUAUUGCCACACAGCUACUCCUUCUCCAUGUGUGCCAAAUGUUGUUCUAGGCUUUGGCAUGUCUUAAGAAAUCCAGAGUUUCAAAUAAUGAUGAUUGUUUGUAUAGUAACAAGAGAUCGUUUCAGACACUUGUGUUUGUGUUUAUCCCAGUGCAUUGCAAUUGUCUAGUGUCACGCGUUGCAUUCCUCAUUUCUUUUCUGACAUUAAUUUGGCAUGGCCUGAAUUAAAUCAAUCAUAUAAUACA